AUGGUGGGAGGCAACCCCAGAGCAGGACCAGCCUUUAUAUCUGUCUCGGGGGACUGUCCCCUGCACCUGGACGAGAUCCGCCACUUCCUGAACCUGUGCCCAGAGCUCUCCCUCGGCUGGUUUGAGGAGGGGCGGCUCGUGGCCUUCAUCAUCGGCUCCCUCUGGGACCAGGACAGGCUCAGCCAGGAAGCCCUGACCCUGCACAGGCCCCGGGGCACAGCAGUGCACAUCCACGUGCUGGCCGUGCACCGCACCUUCCGGCAGCAGGGCAAGGGCUCCAUCCUGCUCUGGCGGUACCUGCAGCACCUGCCCUGCCUGCCCUGCGCCCGCCGAGCCCUGCUCAUGUGCGAAGACUUCCUGGUGCCCUUCUACCAGAAGUGUGGCUUCCAGGUGCUGGGGCCCUGCCAGGUGACGGUGGGGGACCUGUCCUUCAUCGAGAUGCAGCACCGGGUGAGAGGACACGCCUUCAUGCGCAGGAACAGCGGCUGCUGA